GUGGGGAACAUGCCCCAGGUCUCUGAAAUGGCAGUGCCAGCAGUGCCAGUGGAUCGCGGGCCGCCAGAUGCUAGUCAUUUGCUCCGCCCCAGCAGGCAACACGAGAGGCCUGCCCCGUUGAUGUCUGAGGUCUUUCGGACGAUGCUGAAAAAGCACAUUCACGUUGCCUUCAAACGGCGACGGCUUCUGACUAGCUUGUGGCCUGCGAUCAUGUACAGCAUCAUCAGCAUUGUCCUUUUCAGGAUCUUUGCACAGAUCGAUUCAGGUAACAUUCGAGCCUUGCUUUUGGCAUUGACGAUCCCAUUGUAUUUGUUGCUCGCCGUGCAAUCUGCUCUGCAGAAUGCUAUGGCUGAGAUAGUGACUGAGAAAGAAUCCAAGAUGAAGAUUGUCCAAGAAAUUUACGGCCUCACCCCUACCAUGUACUGGCUUUCCUGGGCCGGUUACUUCUCCAUCGUCUCGUGUCUAUGUGUGUUAGCGAUUUAUGUCCUACUGGCUUUGGUGGCACCGGUGAUGGGGAAGUCUUCUCCCAUAUUCGUGAUUUGUCUUCUGGUCCUUUCCUACCUUCAGCAGUUUGAGUUCGCCGCCAUCGUCUCGGUCUUCUUCAACAAGCUGCAAACGGCCACCGCGAUGUCGGGCUUCGUUAAUCUCUUAUUCCUCUUGUUGGCCGAAGCUAUGCAGGGCUGGCUACGCGGAGGCUCCAGGUUCUGGUGGUAUCUUGGAAGUUUGCUGCCGGCGGUGAAUAUCUUCAACGGCUUUGCCGCGGUGAUGUUCAGUGAGGCCUUGUACUACUGCGAUGAGUCGGGCUGUUAUCAGGGCAUCAGCUCGAAGACAGCCUUCGCCAGCCAGUUCUGCUUCGUGCCCUACGAUGAAGCUCAUGGGAGCCCAUGCCCCCAGUGGUUUCCGGUGUUCUCUGCCGGGGAGUCGAUGAUCAUGAUCCUGUUGGAUAUCGUUCUGUAUGGCUUUGGAGCCUGGUGGUUGGAGCAGGUCUGGCAAGGGGAUUUUGGCCAAGCCAAGCCCUGGUUGUUCUGCCUGGAUCCAGCCUACAUGUGCCCCCGGCGUCAUGGACGUCGCGACAGUCGCGACGCGGCGCGGAGCUUGGUGCAGUCCGAUGGCCUACAGGAAGCCUUGGCCAUGAAGAUUCGAAAUCUUCGGAAAGUCUUCCCGGAGGGCAAAGUUGCCGUGGAUGGCAUGGAUUUAGACAUCAAGGAGGGCGAGAUCUUCGCACUGCUCGGGCACAACGGCGCAGGGAAGACAACGUGCAUCAACUGUGUGGUAGGCCUUAUUCCGAUGACAAGUGGGGAAGCUAUGGUCUGUGGCUAUGAUGUGCGGACAGAACUGGAAAGCGUGCGUCGGAACAUCAGCGUGUGCCCGCAGGACAACCCUCUCUACGAUGUCUUCACAGUUCGUCAACACUUGAUGUUCUUUGCCAGCCUGAGGGGUGUCAGUGAGCAGGUCCAAGAGACCCGAGUCAUUGAGGUUUUGAGAGCACUAGGUAUUGAGGAGAAGGUGGACCAGCAAUGCACCACUUUGUCGGGUGGUCAGAAACGUCGGCUGUGGGUGGCCAGCGCUUUACUGGGCGACAUCCCGGUGAUUUUCCUGGACGAACCCACCAGCGGCAUGGACCCGUCCAGCCGGCAGCACUUGUGGAAGCUGCUCUUGGAGAUGAAGUCCACAGGACGGUCCAUCAUUUUCACCACGCACUACUUGGAAGAAGCAGAUGUGUUGGCAGAUCGGAAGGCCGUGCUGGCGCGAGGCCGCGUUGAGGCCUCUGGUACAUCACUGGAUCUCAAGCUCCAAUUCGGGCUUGGCUAUCAGCUCCAGUUGCAGUUUCCAGAUGGGGUGGUUCCUGAUCCCAAGGCGCUGUCUGAUGUCUCAGAGCUCAUCGUGAAACACAUCCCCUUGGCCACACGGAAGGAAGAGGACGCCGCAAGUGUCAGCACGGAGCGCCGCGAGCAUAUCGUGGCAUUUACAUUGGCCUUUGACCAGGUGGAUAAGUUCGGGCCCAUGCUCAUCGAACUGGACAGUAAGAAGCAGGCUGAGCUGGACGAGCUGAGUCCAGGAUCUUUGGUAGCCAUGGACAAGACCAAGAAUGCCAUGAGCCCAGAAGAGCAGCUGGAGGAUCUACAGCGACGCUUCACCCUACUGGAAGGUGAGCGCAAGGCGACCUACGAGACUGCCAAACUCAACAUCCAGCAGAACAAGGAGAUCAUCACCCAGAUGAAGGAAGAGAACAAGACCCUGAGGAACCAAAUUGCCGUGCUCCGAGACGAGAAGCCGCUGUCCCUGGAGAAAACCCUGGAGGAGACCAUGACCGUG